GGAUAAUUAAGCAAAGAUCAAUAUGGCGGGUCGUUUGAAUUAUGAAAAGAAAUAUCUUACACCUUCCGAUUUCACUUUGAAAGAAAAUAUUCAACAAAAGAUGGUCAAAGAUAGCAAAAAAACUUACUUAUUACCUCCUUCAACUUAUGAAACGGUCAUAAAGAGCAAGGAAAGACAAAAAUGUGAUGAAAAGAAUGUUGAAGAUUUUACUGUGAAAGAUGAUAGCGCAGGACAUAAAGACAAUGGAAAUAAUGACACUUACGCCAAAGAAGAGCUUUUCAAUAAGGAAUUUAAGAGAGUUGAAGGAAGGAUUGAUUUUUUGGAAAAAGAAAAGGCGAAAAUGCGUGAAGAUUUAAAUAUUCUACGGGUCGAAACAAAAAAUGUUGGUGAACUUAAUAAUAAGCAAUCAGAAAAAUAUAGUGAAGCGUUUAAAUCAAAAGAAGAAAGUGAACCAGAUGAAAAUAAAGAGUAUUUAGAUGUCAUGAAAAGUUUAAGGAAUGAAUUAGUUGAAGCAGAGAGAAGAAAUAUUGCUUUAAUGAAAAAUAACUCCAAGUUGAUUGAAGAAGGCCACCAUUUAGAGGAAACCAACUCUCUUUUACAUAAAAAACUUGAAAUAAAUGAUUUACAUUAUGAAUACACAAUUCAGGAGAAAGAGCAAGAGAUAGAAGAGACUAUCCUAAGGAUGGAAAAAGUGACUAAAGACAUGGCAAUGAAAGAUCUUAUUAUUAAACAAAAUGAAAAGAAAUUCAAAGAAUUUGAAGAUAGUAAAAAAAAGGCUGCCGAUGAAUACGAAAUGUUAUUGGUUGAUAAAACAAGUGUGGAAAAGAAAUUGGAAUGUUUAAAGGUUUGCAAGGAAAAAGCAGACAAUGAAAUGCGUAUCUUACAAGAUAAGAACCAAAAAUUGCUUUCCGAAUUGGAUAAAGUUAAGAAUGAGGUAUGUGUGAUGAAAGACGAUAAUGCAAGAAUGCAAAAAGAGAUGCGCGAGAUGAAAGAAGAUAGAACAAGGACAGAGGAAGAGAAAUUUAGGAUUGAAGAAGAUGUUAGAAAAGCGAUGAAAAAUAGAAUGUUGGACAUGGAAGCCGAAAGUAAGACGAAAAUAAAAGAUCUUGAAAGAUGUUUUUACAAAGAACAAGCAAAAUGUUUGACACUACUGAAGGAAAUGGAGCAAAAAGAUUUAAACUCAGCUGCAUUGAGAGAUGAUGCUGUUGCAAAACAGAAAGAAUUUUCUACUUUACAAAGAGAGUGGAAUAGUUUUCAACAAAAUAUGGAAAAAGAACACAAACUGAAAAUAAAUCAAAUGGAGAAUGAACUUCAAGCGAAAGAAAAAAUUAUUGAGUCGGAGAAAGGAAAGUAUUUAGAAACAUUGAUGAAGAAAGACAAAGAAAUUGAAAAACUUUCAAAAUCUGUCGAACAGUUACGAUUGUAUAUUGGAGAAGUAAAACCAAACGAUGAUGAAGAAAAACUCAAAAAUGAUAUUUUAAAACUAACGAACGACUUGAAGACUUUAAUUGAAGAGAAUAAUACUCUUCAUUCAACGGUUGAACUACUUAAUGUAAGACUUGCUGCCAUAUCAGAGAUUGUAUCCAUCCAAGAAGCUGAAAUCACCCGACACGAUAGUAAUGGAAGGCAUCUAGCAUGUUGUGUUGAGGAUAAAGGACUGCUGAGUACUUGGCGAGGGAAAGUUUUUGCUCUUAUGGUACAGUUAAGGACACAGAGGAUUGUGGAUGAAGAGACGAAACGGAAAGAAGCUGCCAAGUUCAGUCGAUUAAAUGAUGAACUUGAAGAUUUAAAUCGUCAGAACACCAUUCUUAAUAACAAGUUGUUCGACAAAGAAGCUCUUGUCGAACUUAAGACGAACGAACAUACAAAACUACAACAUGAAGUAGAGGAAAUUCGAAAAAGGAAUAUUGCCUUAAAACUGCGGCAAGAGAAUUUGUCGGCGAGUUUUUUAAAUUUGCAAAAGUCUGCCAAACCAGUAGAGAACUCUUUUCUAAAGUCGCUUGAGGAUGUCAACAAGAGUAUUCGUAUUUUGUCAACGUUUGACCAGCGGUUAAAAUUUGCUGCUUGCAGGAUUGAAUUUUUAUCAGCAUUUCUAGCAAGAGAGUCAUCUCAGCAAGAUUGUAAAAAAUGUGAAAACGAGGAUCACGAUUUUCAUACUUCAAAUGAGAUCUGUAAUGAGAACGUGGAUCAUUUGAUGUUAGAGGUGAAGAGACUUCAGAAUGAAAGAAGUUUAUUAUUAAAGGAGUCGACAAAACACCAGGAAACAUUGCAGGAAAAAAUUUCAACUUUACACGAAGAAUAUGAGCUGACACUCAAAGACAAGAUUGAAAAAAUUGAAAAGCUUGAAAUGUCUGAACGUGACUACAAAGAAAACAUGACAUCAUUACGCAAUGCAGUAGAAGCAAAAUCAUUUGAAUUGAAAGAAGCCUCGGAAACAAUAGAGGAACUGAAAUUAUUCUUGUCAAAAGAGAAAAGCAACUUGGAAAAAGAACAUCGUGAGAAAAUUGAAAGAGAAAGGCUCAAACAUACGGAGGAAAUGGCUGAGAUGGAAACAAAAUUGAACGACAUACGUCGUGAACACGCUAAGGCCGUGGCAGCUGCAAACAGCUGUGAGAGACGAGUGACUAGAGAAAAAGAACUAGCUGAAGAAAUGGUUAAAAAUAUUGAACGAGAAUAUAGCGAAAAGCUUGAGAAAUGUGAAAAAAAAUUGAAAAAUGUCGAGAAAGAGCGAAAUCUUUUGAUGGUCAGGAUACGCGAGGAUAAACGUAACAGUUUGAGGUGUCGACCAGCUUCAGGAGUUUCAACGAACCCUGAUGUGAACCCAAAUGAAAUUCACACUUUUUCAGGAGUUAAAGAUCAAGCCAAAAUAACUGAGAUGGGUGGCUACCGUGACAAUUAUGAUGCUGAUGAGGCAUUGUCUGCCCUAAAAGAGAUCAAGAUAUUGUCUCAACAGAUCGUUAAAUUACAUGAUAAAGAUCAUGAUAAAAUUGCCAAUUCAGACUCUGAGCUUUAAGGUUUUAAAUAUAGCUUUAAUAAAAACACCCAUUUAUCAAAACUAGACACUCAAUUGUUGGGGACGAAUGAAAAUACUUUAGUUUUGCCCAACGUUUUUGACAAUUUAAGCAACGGCAUACUGUCGCACCCACAGGCAGGAUCCAACAAUAAGUUUUGGUAACAAUAAGCUUUCACAACAGACUAAAUUUUCAACCAGACAAACUAUUUGCAUAUAGUGUCUAUAUGCAAAAUGUGUUCUUCCUUUUGAAGACAUUGUUAAAGUAAUUUGUCUGAUUUUUUUCACAUUAAUCCUACGUUGAAAGGUCUUUUCAAUCAAGGGUAAAAAGGAAGACAUAUUUUUUUGUGCAUUAUUAAGAUAUCCAAAACUUCAGAUCAGAUUAUAUAAGAUAUGACAUCUAAAAUAUGAUACAUAGAUUUUUCUAAAUGAUUGUACAAAUAUUUUUUUCAUGAUUUUCAACGAAACCGUA